AUGGAUUCUAUGCGCAGCCUCAACACCUCCCUGCCCGGUACCUCGGCGACUAGGCAGACGGCACAAAAUGACUCCCCUGAGCAACUCCUCGACGCCUUCAAGGCCGCAGCGCUCUCGGUGACAAAACUUUACAAGACAUCGGCGGCCGCCCAGUCCAAGGCCCGCAUGGAUGGAUACCAGGACUGUCUCGAUGACCUGCUGGCGUUCCUCGACAAGGAGAAAAUUGGCCUGGGCGAUGGCGAUGGUUGGAGGGUUCGAAGUUGGGCGACCGAACGCCUGGAUGGAAGGGAAAGUUCGCAAACCGCCGAAAGCGACGAUGAGGUUGAUAAGGCGGAGACUGCUUCGUCUCCGGAGCUCAACAGGACGAACAGUGGCACACAACUAUCAGCGAUGCGGGCCGAAAGCCAGAUGAGGACGGACUCGGCACCCCCUAGCAUCCCUCAGGCCGUGGAAGAAGAGGAGGGACCCGAACCCGUAUCAAUUACGGUGCCGACGGCAGACUCAUUCACCUUUCAAUCCUCGCACCCCUGGCCACCUCAACAACCGCAGCAAGAUGCCUACCUUAACCUCGCGAACCUGGAUCUGUCCGAUUCUCGGACACACGACACCUCAUCGACAAAUGCGAACCCCGCAGGCCGUACUACAAGACCACGACACGCGGCAAAUAUCCCUCGCUCGGCGUCAAGGCAAGGGAGCAACCUCGGUCGGGGCGCUGGAUCAAAACGCAAAAUCAAUUUUGCAGAGAUCUUCGACCUCAGCAGCCUGGACAAGAACAUGUUUGGCGGCGGGCCGAAGCGCAGCCGGCACACAUAA